UUUCAGACUCUCGUACAGGGGAACGAGGAGAGAGAUGAUGAGAGGUGCGGGAGGUCCUCUUCUAUGCAUAGGCGAUCUGCUGAGCGACGUGGGGGAAUCAGAUGCUUCGCCGCCACCGCAACAGCCUGAGACCUCUUCGUCUUCUUUUGUUUCCAGCUCCGAUCAGAGCUUGGACCUCACCAAGUUGUUCCAGGAGAACUAUGAGCAGCUGAAUGAGGCGCUUGACGGUACAGAUCAUUCAUGGGCAGCUCUUACUUUGAAGUUAUGCAGUGCUUUGGAAACUGCAAACAAGUUAGUUCAGUCAACAAACUCAAAUGUCAUGUCAAUGUCGGAGAAGGUUGGAGAGCUUGAGGGAGUUAUCAAGAGGGCAGAUUCUGCCAUAUCAGCAGCAAGGGUCGUUCAUGGUUCACUAAACAAAAAGGAAGGACCACUUAUUGGCAAUCAAAAUGCCAAAUGAUCCAUGUCUUGUCGAGAGCCAGGUUAGUUAAUUCGAUCAAGGGAAAAAAUGUGAAAAUACUAAGCCUUAGAAACUGCGGUGUUUGCUGUUAAAAAAGUCUUUUCCUUUGCUUUUCUUCAUUUUCACAACAAAAUGUAUCAUACAAUAGGAGUAAGAAAGCGAACCUGUCUGAUGCAAAAGGGAGAUGUAACUAUCAAUUAUCCAUCGUGUAUGGAUAGAACAAAUCUAUCUCUUGCUUAUUUCCUGAGAUGCCUCGUCAAA